UGUGUAACGGAGUCGCAGCCUCAGUACCAGCGACGCGCGCGGAGCGGAUACACGGCCGGCACGAGAGCUUCAUGCGCAGUCAGCGGCACGCGCUCAGCCCAGAACCGAGCGGGAUCUUUAUCACACGGGAUUCACGCGGAGAUAGAAACGAAUUUAAAGGACGAGAUAAAGAGUCUCGAUGGAGCUAAGCUCGGGCCUUUUGCUCUUCCUUCUGACCGCACUCCAGACUGGCACGGAAGGCAGAAGCUCUGUACCAUGCAGGCCUGGUUUCUCUGAAGACGUUUACGACGCACCGAUGCCUGAAACCCUACUUGAGGGACAACCGCUUCUCACCGUGAGGUUCCAGGACUGCGGACGAGCAGGGCGAGUGCACUUCGAGUGCAGCCAGCCGACAGAUUUCCGGAUCGAGAUCACCGGAGAGGUGUUGUCUCUCUGGACCAUCCGGCCGGCUCUUUCCUCCUCAUCCUUGUUCAUUUCUUUCCCACUACUCGUCAUAGCACGAGAUGAUUCCACGCAGGAGCAGUGGCAGACCGAGAUCUGGCUCCGGCCGUCAACGGGCCACGAGUCUCAGGAGGCGCCCGGGUCCAGGAGACUGCCGGAGAUUAUAAUCCCCUCGCGGCAGGUGAACAGCCAGAUCAAACGCAUGAAGAGAGACUGGGUUAUUCCUCCUAUUAAUGUCCCGGAGAACUCCAGAGGACCUUUUCCACAGGAGCUAGUCAGGAUCCGUUCGGACCACGAUAACAAGGUGAACCUGCGCUACAGCGUGACCGGGCCUGGAGCUGACCAACCGCCCACUGGCAUCUUCUCCAUCGACCCCAUCUCAGGAGAGCUGACCGUGCUCAAACCGCUCGACCGCGAGCACAUCGCCAACUUCCACCUGAGAGCGCAUGCAGUGGACCUGAACGGCAAUCAAGUGGAAAACCCUGUUGACAUUGUGAUCAACGUGAUCGACAUGAACGACAACCGACCUGAGUUUGUUCAUCAGAUCUUUAAUGGGACAGUACCAGAGGGCUCCAGACCAGGCACGUCCGUGAUGACGGUAACAGCCGAGGAUAAGGACGACCCGCGCACGCACAACGGCCAGCUGCGCUACAAGAUCCUGUCCCAGACCCCCGAGAGCCCGAGUGCUAACAUGUUCACAAUCAACAACCACACCGGCAGCAUCAUCACCGUGGCAGCCGGGCUGGACAGAGAGAAAGUUCCUCAGUACACGCUGAUUAUCCAGGCCACAGAUAUGGGCGGAAACCCAAUGUAUGGCCUUUCCAACACCGCCACGGCUGUCAUCAGGGUGACCGACGUCAACGACAAUCCACCAGAAUUCACCACCGACACUUUCUUCGGUGAGGUCCCGGAAAAUCGCGUGAACGUGAUUGUGGCCAAUCUAACGGUGACGGAUAAAGACCAGCCCAACUCGCCAGCUUGGAAUGCGGUGUAUAAGAUCACAGGCGGAGAUCCCACUGGACGAUUCUCCGUGCCCACUGACCCCACAAACAACGAGGGACUGGUCACAGUCGUCAAGCCCAUCGAUUUCGAGACAACCCGGACAUGUGUCCUCACCGUAGUGGUGACGAACGAAGUCCCACUAGAGCGAGGGAUCCACCUUCCUCGCCAGUCCACCUCCACCGUUUCCAUCCGUGUCAUCGACGUCAACGAGAGCCCUUACUUCGAUCCUAAUCCCAAACUCAUCAAGCUGGACGAAGGCAUGCCGGCAAUGUCGUCGCUCACCACCUUUGUAGCCCAGGAUCCCGACCGGUUUAUGCAGCAGACCAUCAGAUACUCAAAACUUUCUGAUCCGGCUGAUUGGCUGAGGAUCGACCCAAACAAUGGACGCAUCACCACCAUCGCCGUUCUGGACCGAGAGUCUCCGUAUGUUCAGAAUAACCUGUACAACGCCACGUUCCUCGCCACCGACAAUGGAAUUCCGCCAGCCAGUGGGACGGGUACCCUGCAGAUCCUGCUGCGUGACAUUAACGAUAACGCUCCUCACGUCUUCCCGCACGAGGUCGAGAUGUGCGAGAAACCCGAAACCAACGGCAUCAACAUCACCGCCCUGGAUGGAGACCUAAACCCCAACGCUGGGCCCUUCGCCUUCGAGCUGCCUGCUCGGCCCAGUGACAUCAAGAGGAACUGGACUCUCACCCGCCUCAGUGGUGACCAUGCCCAGCUGAGCCUGAAGAUCGGCUUCCUGGAGAGAGGCAUCUACGAGAUCCCGAUCCACAUCACCGACUCCGGCAACCUGCCCAUGUCCAACACGUCCUACUUGCGCGUGAAGGUGUGUCAGUGUGACCACAAUGGAGACUGCACGGAUCAGGAGUUCCUUGUGGCUGCCGGACUGGGCACAGGGGCCAUCAUCGCCAUCCUGCUGUGCAUCAUCAUCCUCCUCAUCCUGGUUUUGUUGUUUGUGAUGUGGAUGAAGAGAAAGGAUAAAGAGCGUCAGGCCAAACAGUUGCUGAUCGAUCCAGAGGAUGAUGUCCGAGACAACAUCCUUAAAUACGAUGAGGAAGGAGGUGGAGAGGAGGACCAGGAUUAUGAUCUGAGUCAGCUGCAGCAGCCGGACACUAUGGACCCGGAGUGCGUGAAGCCCGUUGGGAUCCGCAGACUGGAUGAGAGACCGCUGCACCCGGAGCCUCAGUACCCGGUCAGAUCGGCCGCGCCGCAUCCUGGAGACAUUGGAGACUUCAUCAAUGAGGGUCUGAAAGCCGCCGACGGUGACCCGACGGCUCCUCCGUACGACUCGCUGCUGGUGUUCGACUACGAGGGCAGCGGCUCGACGGCCGGCUCGCUCAGCUCCAUCAGCUCGUCCAGCAGCGGCGGAGACCAGGACUACGAUUACCUAAACGACUGGGGGCCACGUUUUCGCAAACUCGCCGACAUGUACGGAGGCUCGGACGAGUGAGGCGGAGUUAAAACGAAGGAGAACAAACACACACACAUGCCUGGCUUUUCUCUACCCCGACAUCCCCCCACCCCCCCAUUCUGACUGAUGGAUGAGGACAGCUUCUGUCAACUAAUUGUCCCCCUGAGAACAGACGGAUUAAAGCAGAAAACUAAAAUGUAUGAUGAAAAAAAAAAAAAAAAAAGGAAAAAUAUGCGACAAAGUAAAAUUCUAGGCUCAGUGUUGUAGUGUAGGCAGAUUUAUGCUUGUUGAGGGUUUUUGGCACUGAAGAUAAGAAGAAGGGGAGACUGGGAAGAGAUGACGUCACUGUUCUUGGAUUGUAGGCUACAAUAAGCGCUCAGUUACACUGACUUGAAUUUUACAGUACAGAAGCACUGGGAUUUAACGUGCCUUUUUGUACACUUAUUAUUAUUUUUUUUAUUUUGUUUUUCUGUGUUGAUCUGAAGGAUUAGUUUGUAGUAUGUUCAAGGCUUUAAUGGUACUGACAUUUGAAGUGAUUUCAAGACAAAAGUGUUAAUUUCGGAUCUGCUUCAUGACGUUUCUUUGUUCUGGUUACCAUCUACAGUAAUCUAACAAAUUCAUGAAGAGAUCAUUAAUGAAGGUUCCUAUGUUAACUAGGAAGAUAUGAUCGACAGGAUCGGUGUACAGUACAGUAAAAUUGUCUUCUGUUUGUUUUUUCUUUUCAUUUAACGUUGAACAUUACAUAUGCAGACGGUUGGGAGUUUUCGCGAAAAAAAAGUUUUACUUUGAUUUCUGAAGUGGUAUUACAUUUUACAAAAAAGGCAGCAUUUCUUUCCUUUCUGCUCUCAUUAAUGUACACUUCAUUUGCCUUAGCUGCCAUCUGAUGCCCUCAGUUUUUACUCUACUGUAAAAAUGCUUGUAUAUAGUUUUUUUUUCUUCUUUUACUUUUGAUGUAGUCGAUAAUUAAGUGCAAAAACAGUUUCAAUCUUGUAAAUGUAAAAAAAAAAAAAAUUGGGCUACAACUUUUUUUUUUUUGCAUGUUUUUAUCUUUUCACAACACCGGUUUAAAAAAAUGGACCUCUUUGCAAAAUUUAUGUACGGAGUGCUAAAAAACGAUUUCAGCUGAUGCAAGAUAUGUGAAAGGUACGAUUUUUUUUUUUUUUGUAAGAAAAAAAAUUAAUAAAGAGACAAAAAAAUAAUAAUGGCAAAGGAAGUUACUCCACACAAAAAAAAACAGGACAAAAAGAGUAACAUUAUCAGCACAAGUGUUGGAUUUGUACCAAAAAGGGAUAAAAAGUGAUGGUGAGGUUGGGGUAAGUUGGAGAAAAGGGUAGUGAAAAAGGGGUGGGGGUGGGGAGGGGAAAGGGGGUGUUUGUUGCUGGUUUUAAUGAUCGACUCAGCUUUAGGAGCCGGAAAGGUUUCUGACAUGCUUUGUGGAUAAUAUUAUGUACUGAAAUUCCAAUUAUUCACCCCCAAACACCUGAAUAAAAAGGCUAAUUUUGGAGCUAA